UUUAAACUUUUAUCCGGUUGGUCUGUGAGCAAGAUCUCAUAUAUUUUCUCUGAAGCCAUGGAUUUGCAGAAAUGUGUGGUUUUCCUAUACCUUUCUAGUCUCAUCAUCCUGUUAUCAACAGCACAGCCUGAGCUCCGGUACUCAAUAUGCGGAGCAAGUGAAAAAAAUUACACACAAAACAGCAUAUACCACACCAACCUUAACACAGCUCUUUCGUCCCUCUCGUCUAACCUCAACCAAUAUGGAUUCUCCAAUGUUUCCAUGGGCGAAAAUCCCGACAGGGUGAGCGCCGUGGCGCUGUGCAGAGGUGACGUGGAGCCGGACAUAUGUCGUAGUUGCGUCGAGGAUACACGUCGGAAGACUUUGCAGACGUGUCCCAAUCAGAAAGAGGCAUUCGGAGGGUACGAUGAGUGCAUGAUCCGUUACUCCAACGUUUCCACCCUGGGUUCCUGGUCAAGGCUUCCUGGGAUCUACUUGUGGAAUCCAAAUAAUUCCUCGAGCCCAGACCAGUUUAAUCAGGAUUUAAGAACUUUGUUGGACGAUCUACGGGGCCGUGCUGCGAAUGGUUUCCCCUUACGCAAGUUUGCGGCAAAUAAUACUGGUGGGCCGGACUUCCGGACCAUAUUUGCAGCUGUGCAGUGCUCCCCUGACUUGGCUGCUCCAAAUUGCUUUGAUUGUUUGACUUCUGCGUUCGAAGAUUACGCAGGAUGUGAACAAUGUAAAGGCAAGAAAGGGGGCAGAGUAGUAAGGCCUAGCUGCAAUUUUCGCUUUGAGACUGAGCGUUUCUUUAAUUUUACAUUGAUUGGAUCUCCACCUCCACAACCAGGGAAUGAAGCUCCACCACCAAAAUCAGAGAUUGAAGCUCCACCACCAAAAUCAGGAAAAAAUGACAAUACAGUUCGAACUAUCAUCAUUAUUGUGGUUCCGAUUGUAACAAUUAUUAUUCUUACUCUAUGCGUUUGCAUUAUCUUGAAGAAAAGGCAAAAAAGGAAGUUGAUGAGCGACAUGGACGUUGUGGAUGAAAUUAGUUCUGUGGAUGACAUUAGUACAGUGGAGUCCCUACAAUUCAACUUUGGUGCUAUUAAAACUGCUACAAACAACUUCUCAGAUUCUAAUAAACUUGGACAAGGUGGAUUUGGUCCUGUUUACAAAGGUAAACUUCCAAAUGGACGAGAAAUAGCCGUGAAAAGGCUUUCUGUCAAUUCUGGACAAGGUGAUUUAGAAUUUAAAAACGAGGUCCUUUUGGUAGCCAAGCUUCAACACAGAAAUUUGGUCAGGUUACUUGGGUUUUGCUUGGAGGGAAGAGAAAAGCUUCUUAUAUAUGAAUUUGUUCCCAAUACUAGUCUUGACCACUUUUUAUUUGACUCUGUCAAAAGAGAAAAUUUGGAUUGGGAAACACGCUACAAGAUCAUUGGUGGCAUUUCCAGGGGACUUCUUUAUCUUCAUGAAGACUCUCGUCUUCGAAUUAUUCAUCGCGAUCUCAAAGCAAGCAAUGUUCUACUAGAUACAGAAAUGAACCCAAAAAUCUCAGACUUCGGCAUGGCAAAAUUGUUUGAAAUAGAUGAAAGCGAAGGCAAUACAAGCAGAAUUGUGGGAACUUAUGGAUACAUGGCACCAGAGUAUGCAAUGCAUGGCCAAUUUUCAGUUAAGUCUGAUGUUUUCAGUUUUGGAGUGUUAGUUCUGGAAAUUAUAAGUGGGCAGAAGAAUAGCUGUUUCAGAAACGGGGAGUCUGUACAAGACCUUCUGAGCUAUGCUUGGACACAGUGGCGGGAAGGGACAGCCAUGAAUCUGGUAGAUCCCAUCCUGAAACGUAAAUCUGGUGCAGGUUCAUCAGUGGGUGAAAUGAUGAGGUGCAUACACUUGGCAUUGCUUUGUGUGCAAGAAAACGUUGGAGAUAGACCAACAAUGUCCACAGUUGUUCUCAUGCUUAGUGGUUUUUCUAUGAGUCUUCCAGUGCCAUCUUCACCAGCAUUCUUCAUGCACAGUACUAUCAGUCCUGAGGCUACGCUGGAGCUUAAUGAAGUUGCAGCAGCAGCAGCUUAUUCAUCGCAAAAUGAGGCCUCCAUUACUGAGUUAUAUCCCAGAUCCAAAACAGCAUACAAUUUUUGUGAGUUUGAAGGCAUGGAUUUGCAGAAAUGUGUGGUUUUCCUAUACCUUUCUACUCUCAUCGUCCUGUCAGCAUUAGCCCAGUCCGAGGACCACCCGUACGUGGGAUGCGGACUAAGUGGAAACUACACAGAAAACAGCAUCUACCUCAGAAACCUUAACACGGUUCUCUCCUCCCUCCCGUCCAAACUCAAUAAAUACGGAUUCUGUUAUGUUUCCACGGGCGGAGUGAAUGCGGUGGCGGUAUGCCGCGGCGACGUUGUUGAGGCGGACAUAUGUCGUAGUUGCAUUCAAGAUGCGGCUAGGUUGACGCUACAGAGUUGCCCUAAUCAGAUAGAGGCAUUUGGAGGGUACGACAAGUGCAAGAUCCGAUACUCCAACGUUUCCACCCUAGGUUAUUACUGGUCGUUUUCCAGCCUCCCUCCGGUCUUCUUGUGGAAUAGGUUUAAUGUGUCGAGCCAAGAGGAGUUUAAUAAAGAUUUAAGGAAACUGCUGGAAGGUCUCCGAGACCGUGCGGCAAACGGUACCCCGUUUCUUAAGUUUGCAGCGGGUAAUAUAUCUGGGCCGGACUUAGAGACCAUAUAUGCAGCUGUGCAGUGCUCCCCUGACUUGGCAGCUCAAGGUUGCUCUGAUUGCUUGGUUCAUAUUUUUGAACAACUGCCUCAAUGUCCGUGCUAUGGUAAGCGAGGGUCUAUAGUACUCAGCUCUGCCUGCAAUUUUCGCUUUGAGACGUACAAAUUCUUCAAUUCUACAUUGGUCGAAACUCCUCCACCACCACCACCAGCCGCCACUAAAGCUCCAUCACCAAAACCAGUGAUUGUUUCUCCACCACAGAAAUCAGAAAAAAAUGACUAUACUCUUCGAACUAUAAUCAUUAUUGCCGCUCUGGUGGUAGCAAUUGUUAUUCUUCUUAGUCUAUGCGUUUGCAUUGUCUUGAAGAAAAGGCAAAAGAGGAUGCCGGAGAACAAAGACAUGGACGUUGUGGAAGAAAGUACUACCGUGGAUGAAAUUAGUAUUGUAGAGUCUCUACAAUACAACUUUGUUACUAUAAGAACCGCUACAAAUAACUUCUCAGAUUCUAAUAAACUUGGACAAGGUGGAUUUGGUCCUGUUUACAAGGGUGAAUUUCCAAACGGACAAGAAGUAGCGGUGAAAAGACUUUCUGGUAAUUCUAAGCAAGGUGAUCAAGAAUUCAAAAAUGAAGUCCUUUUGGUAGCCAAACUUCAACAUAGAAAUUUGGUGAGGUUACUUGGGUUUUGCUUGGAAGGGAGAGAAAGGCUUCUUGUAUAUGAAUUUGUUCCCAAUGCUAGCCUUGACCACUUGUUAUUUGAUCCUAUCAAAAGAGAAAUUUUGGAUUGGGAGAUGCGUUAUAAAAUCAUAGGUGGCAUUUCUAAGGGGCUUCUUUAUCUCCAUGAGGACUCUCGUUUUCGCAUCAUUCAUCGCGAUCUCAAAGCAAGCAAUGUUCUACUGGACGCAGAGAUGAAUCCUAAAAUCUCAGACUUUGGCAUGGCGAGGCUAUUUGAGUUAGAUGAAAGCCAAGGCAGUACAAGCAGAAUUGUGGGAACUUAUGGAUAUAUGGCACCGGAGUAUGCAAUGCACGGUCAAUUUUCAGUUAAAUCUGAUGUGUUUAGUUUUGGAGUGUUGGUCUUAGAAAUUUUAAGUGGACAAAAAAAUACCUGUUUCAAAAACUGGGAAUCUGUUCAAGACCUUCUAAGCUAUGCUUGGAGACAGUGGCGGGAAGGGACUGCAUUGAAUCUGGUAGAUCCCUUUCUUCGAGGCAAUUCAGGUUCAGCGCCUGAAAUGAUGAGAUGCAUACACAUGGCGUUGCUGUGUGUUCAAGAAAAUGUUGCAGACAGACCAACAAUGUCCACAGUUGUUCUCGUACUAAGUAGUUCUUCUCUGAGUCUUCCAAUGCCAUCCGCGCCAGCAUUCUUCAUGCACAGUGCUAUCAGCCCUGAGGCUCCCCUGCUGCGUAAUGAAACUGCUUAUUCAUCCCAAAAUGAGGCCUCCAUUACUGAGUUACAUCCCAGAUGA